AUGACGCCACUUUUCAGUCGCAGAAUACGAGGGAAAGCGCGACUCGCCAUCUGCUCCCUCGUGUGUACGACCCUCGCGUGCUUCGUCGCCGCCUGCUGCGGCCGCGUCGAGGGCGCGGCGGCGGCGCAGGGUGGCGACCGCCUGCCGCGCCUGAUUCUGCUGCAGAACAAUACCUUCGGCGCUAGAUGCCUCGACGGCAGUCCUCCCGGGUACUACUUCCGCCCAGGAGCGCGCGCGGGGGUGCGCAAGUGGGUGGUGCACUUGCGCGGCGGAGCCUGGUGCACCUCUCCGCUCGCAUGCGCCUGGCGGGCCAGGGGCAUGCUCGGAUCUUCGCGCGAAUUGCCGCGCUCCCCCAAGGUGCGCACUCGUUUCCCGCCGCGCUUCAUCUUUCCGCCGCCCGUAGCGCCCUCCCUUCCGCAAAUACCUCCGCCCAAUGGCGUUUCUCCUCUUCCCCGCCACUCCCCCGGCCACCACUCCCCCCAUCCCCCCCCGCUCUCCCCCUUUCCGCAGGACCCGCAGAUCUCCGAGUCCCUGGGCGGGAUCUUGAGCGCGGAUCCGCGGGAGAAUCCCGGGUUCGCGGAGUGGAGCCUGGCGGUGCUGAACUACUGCGACGGCGGGGGCUUCGCGGGGACGGCGGGGCGGAAGCUGGUCACUGGCGUGCCGGAGGGUUGGUACCCGCCCCAGGCGCCUCGUCGUGAUAGUGCCGAUAGUAGCGCUGGCAGCAGGGGCACGAGCAACGGCGGUGCCUUUUUCCCUGGAAGUGUCAGCAAUAACGGAGGAGGCGGCGGCAGCGGAGGCGGCGGAGGAGGCGGAGGAGGCGGAGGAGGCGGAGGAGGCGAGGGAGGCGGGGGAGGCGCCAGUGGUAGCGGGCGGAAGGGUUUUUUCGGGCACCAACGCGCUGGUGGUAACAAUAGCGACACUGCCCACCGCAUCCACAACGGCAGCAUCAGCAGUGUGGAAGGCAUGAGCAGCAGAGGGCGCAGCCUAGAAGCCAGUGGAGGGCGCAGUGGGGCGGCGAGUGUGGGGGGGUAUGGGUCGGGGACGGUGACCAAGGAGGUGUAUCUGGAUGGGUACAAUAUCGUCAGCGCAUUCAUGGCAGACCUGGUGCACAGCAGGGGCAUGGGGGGCGCCACGCACGUGCUGGUGUCGGGGUGCUCUGCGGGCGCACAGGCCGUCAUGGCCGUCUGCGACCGCUUCAAGCUCCUGCUGCCACGUGCCUCCGUCAAAUGCCUCAUGGAUGGCGGCAUGUUCCUUGAUGCACGGGGCAGGAAGGGCAGGCGGCCAAUGAGAUCGCAAGUGCGAAAAGUGGUGGGCUUGCAUGCCAUGCGCCUCAACUCCAACUGCAUCGCAGAUUUUCAGCCGUCCAAGCGGUGGCGGUGUUUUUUCCCGCAGCACGCGCUGUCACGCAUGGCCGCGCCCGUGUUCCUCGUGAACAGCCUCUUUGACCAGAUCGCUCUCUCUCUGGGCGGCCAACUGGACUCUCUCAACCGCACCCACACCUCCUCCUGCAUCUGGGCCAUUCUGAGAGCCCGUAGAGACAUUCAGCGCAUGGUUCUGUCCAAGGGGUCCGUCCGGAGGCAGUUUUGGGCACGGGGAGCGCCGCAAUGGUGUGGGGUGAGGGAGGAGGGUGCGGUGGUGAGUGCGGCGUUUGACACGUUUAAGUAUGUGAGGGAUGUGGUGCAGGCGAGGAGGGGCUUCGGAGCGUUUAUUCUGGCAAAGAGGCCGUGGCAUUGCAUCUCGCCCGUUACCGCUUACGUCAUGGCUGCACCAGAAGCGGAGGCAGCCGCGCCGGCUGCACCGGCGGCGGCGCCGGGGUCCGUGGACACGUCGGCGCAGCUAGCGGCGCUGCGCGCGCUGAUGGCGAAGUACGAGGGCGGCGCGCUUGCGGCUUACAUCGUGCCGUCGGAAGAUGCGCACCAGAGCGAGUACGUGGCGGAGUGCGACCAGCGCCGCACGUUCAUCUCCGGGUUCUCAGGAUCCGCAGGCAUAGCGGUGGUGACGGCGACGGAGGCGCUGCUGUGGACGGACGGGCGCUACUUCCUGCAGGCGGCAACGCAGCUCAGCAGCGACUGGAGCCUCUGCAAGUCCGGCACGCUCGAAAGUUGGAUCGCCACGAACUUGCCGCGGGGGGCGAGAGUGGGAGUGGAUGCGUCAACGCUGUCUAUUGAUGCAGCCCGGCGCAUCACCCACGAGCUUGACAAGGCUGCUCAGCACCUCGUGCUCACCCCCACGAAUCUGGUGGACGAGGUGUGGGGCGCGGUGCGCCCACUGCCCCCCAGCGAGCCAGUGCGCGUGCACCCGGUGAAGUUCUCCGGGCGGGCCGUGGCGGACAAGCUGGCGUGGGCGCGGCGCAAGAUGCACGAGGAGGGCGUGCGCGCGCUCGUGGUAACAGCGCUGGACGAGGCCAUGUGGCUGUUGAAUGUGCGCGGGGCGGAUGUGCCGUUUAACCCUGUUGUGCUGAGCUAUGUGGUGCUGACGCGGGAUGAUGCCACGCUCUAUGUGGACGGCAAGAAGGUCACUGAUGAGGUGGCAGCGCAUCUGAAGAGCGAGGGCGUGCACGUGAAGGAUUACAACACUAUCCUCCCCGGCCUCCAUACUCUUGCUGCUACCCUCGCCGCUGCUGCUGCUGCUGCUGCUGACAAGGAGAAGGCUGGAGGGAAGGAAGGGGAGAAAACGGAGGGGAAUGCAAAGGAGGGAGGGAAGGAGGUGGUAAUGGAGGAAGCGAAGGGGGACGGGAAGGAUGCGAAGGCAGAAGCAGGGAGCAAGAAGGCAGGCGAAGGGAGCAAGAAAGCAGGCAAGGAAGGCGGCAAGGAGGCAGGGAAGGAAAAGCCUGGGUACAGUGUGUGGCUGUCCCCUGCAACGUGCUCGUACGCGGUGUACGAGGCAGUGAGCAAGCACCUGCCCGCACAGCACGUGCUGCUGCAGCAGUCGCCCAUCGCCCUGGAAAAGGCCAUCAAGAACGAGGUGGAGCUGGCGGGGCUGCGUGCGUGCCAUGUGCGCGACGGGGUGGCACUCGUGCGCUUCCUCGCAUGGCUCGACCACCAGAUGAGGGAGCAGCAGGCAGCGCCGGGGUACUUCAAGGAGCGCGUGGAAGCUGCGGGCAGCAAGCGCAAGCGCUCGUGA